UUUAUCGCAACCACUAUCAGGUGCGGAGUCCCGGUAAGAGAAAAGGGGAUGAUUAGGGUGAUCACCUCAUACCGCGCCACGGUUACAAGGCGGGAGGAUAAAGAAGCUUCGAACCUUUCGAAGCACGGUCUGCUUUGGGGUUGCCUCUUUCAGAAGGAGGAUCAAUCUAAGCCGGUGGAGAGGGGAUCUCCAGGGGGGUGGAUGACAGAGUCAGACACGGCCCUGGAUCCAUGGUUACGGAUUACGCGGGCCGGACUAGAUACGGAGGACUUUCCGUAUGCCGUAGAAUCGUGGAAAGCACGAUGAUCCUUUCUGUGCGCUGGAUUGCGCUCUUUUCUAGUCCUCUUAGAGUCGUCGCUAGUUCUGAGUCUGUUCACAGUGACAGUGUUCUUCAGCCCUAUCACUCGUGGAGCGCAAGAUGGAAAAGAAAACCGCGCAGUGACAUCCACCUAGAUCCCAUUGUGGUGGUCCAACACAUUCUCAACAAACGAAAUCGUUGGCCUUGGCUGCAACCUGGCUGGACGCCUACUCGGCUAAUGGCAUGUCUUGUGUAUCGAGUUCAUUAUAUUCUGAUUGGGUGUUCCGAGUCAGUGUCCUUUAGAAUUGGCGCGGCACAGCGAAGAGAUUUAGACUCUCGUCUGAGAUUCCCGAAUCGACGCGAGGCGGGGGUGGUCAUGAGAGCUGGAAAAAAAGCACAAAAAGUGUACCACGAAGCUCGAUAGCCUUUUCUAAUGCCUUUGUUCAAAUGACUGGCAAGCGGUGGAGUGAAAUCCCUGCGUGGCUAGUACUGUAUCUGGCCUGGUGGCGUUUUUUAGACUGGCCAGUCGAGAGACAACAUCGGGGGUUACCUCCCUUUCGGACUGUCGCCCCGCCGUGCCUAUUCCAAAGAUCGCCUCAAUUACUUACCAAGCCCUUGGGAGGUCUGGGGGAUCCUAUCACAUGUGCUCCAUUGUCGUCGACCACCCCUUAUAGUCCCUGGGGCACUAGUGUCCCUCCCAGGCAGAAAUUUGAGAGACGGCCUCCCGAGUAAUUGGUUGGGACUCAUCCCACCAUGGCGACAAGAGCCUAGUAAGAUUGCAAAGAAAGCAUAAGCGCCAC